AAGUGGCGGUGACAGCAGCAGCGGCGGCGGUUGGCGGAUAGUAGGUGGCGGUAAUGCGCCUUAAAACUGGUUACCACCCGUUUUAAAACGAAAAGAAGAAGAUAUUAAAUGUGGUUUGUAGCUGUAGACACAUUAGCUAACAUUUCACACUGUUACUGUUUUAAUGUGUGAGCCCAGUGUGAGUCAAGCUAGGCUAAAGCUAAAGCUAAGCUAGCAGUGCGGAUGCUGCGACUAUGUGGUGCUCAGUGAGGUCGGUGUUACGGAGGGCAAAGGUCCUGAACGCAGCUCAGUCAGUCACCGCUGUCAAACCCAGAGCUAAUGGAUCCUGUAGCAGGGUGUCAGGGAAGAAGUGGGUGAGACCCAGCGGGUUUGACACGGGUGUAAAGACGUACAACAGCCUGACCAAACAGAAGGAGCCUCUCAUCUUGGCGAGAGAGGGAGUAGCCACCUGGUAUAGCUGUGGACCCACUGUGUACGACCACGCCCACCUGGGUCAUGCAUGCUCUUACGUCAGGUUUGACAUCCUGCAGAGGAUCCUGUCCAGGCUGUUUGGAGUCACCGUCAUCCACGCCAUGGUCAUCACCGACAUCGAUGACAAAAUCAUCAAAAGAAGCUGGGAGGAAAACGUCUCCCCGACAGUUAUAUCCACGACAUAUGAGGAGGAGUUCAAGAGGGAUAUGCUGUCUUUAAAGGUGACUCCUCCUGCAGUGUACAUAAGAGUCACUGAGAAUGUGCAUCACAUCGUUGCGUUUAUUGAGAGGAUCAUCAAGAAUGGACACGCUUAUGCCACAAAAGAAGGUGAUGUGUUUUUCGACAUCCAGUCCAUUGGGGAUCGUUAUGGAAAGUUUGUGGGAGCUGUGGAUUCUCAGGGAGAAGCUGUCACAAUAUAUGUUUUACUAACGGACAACAACCUGCACGGUUCUCCAGGCAGCGCAAAUAAACGAGACGUGAGAGACUUUGCUCUUUGGAAGCCGUCAAAACCUCAGGAGCCGUACUGGGAGUCUCCGUGGGGCCGAGGACGACCUGGCUGGCACAUUGAAUGCUCCACCAUCUCUAGCUCAGUGUUCGGGAGUCAGCUGGAUAUCCACUCCGGAGGAAUCGACCUGGCGUUUCCUCACCAUGAGAAUGAGGUGGCUCAGAGUGAAGCCUAUCACCAGUGUGACCAGUGGGCAAACUACUUCCUCCACUCAGGGCACUUACACCUUAAAGGCAGCGCAGAGAAAAUGUCUAAAUCUUUGAAGAACUACGUCACCAUCAAGGAUUUCCUGCAGUCGUACUCUGCCAACGAGUUCCGGAUGUUCUGUCUUUUAAGCAAAUACAGAUCAGCUAUCGACUACAGUGACAACAGCAUGCUGGAGGCUCGGACCUCUCUGGGAACCGUCUCCACCUUUGUCCAUGACGCCCAGGCCUACAUGAAGGGUCAGCUGCAGUGUUCACCUGUACAGGAAGCCGUUCUCUGGGAGAGGUUGGCUGAGACUAAAUCCAGUGUGGUGAAAGCACUGGCAGAUGACUUUGACACCCCGAGAGCUGUUGGCGCUGUGAUGAAUCUGGUUUACCAGGGAAACUGCCAACUCCAGCCUGUUUCUCAGUCUGAAGGAGCGGCUCGGAGCCCUGCGGUGUUCGGAGCAAUGGUCAGCUACAUCAGAGACGUAUUGGAUGUGUUUGGUAUCGACCUGCUGCACAGUAAGGAGGCUGAUGUGGCCAGCGGUCAUGGAAGUCUGGAGGGUGUCGUGGAGCAGCUGACUCGCUUCAGAAGUGAAGUCAGAGCGUUUGCUCUCGCUCGUCAGGAUGGUCCGACCAAAAAACCUGGACUCUACCCAGAGAGAAUCCCUCUCCUCAAAGCCUGUGACGACCUCAGAGAUAACCUGGCACCCUUGGGUGUGCUGAUAAAAGACAGAGGCGCCACCUCCACAUGGGAGCUGAGUCAGGGGAAACAAAGCCAGAGAGUCCAGGAUAAAGACCAGGAGACACCCAGCUGAAACACACCUCUGACACGGACUCUUUAUUUUCGGCUCGUGGACUCAAUUGAACUUCAACUGAAAGACUUUAUGAAAACAAGAGACCAAACCAUGUAAAGCUAACAUGCCUGAUGUGCCUGUCAGCAGUGUGUGAACUCUGAUUGAUUGCUUGUAAUUCAGCUGGAAGUUUUAAAUGUUGAUAUUAGGUGAUAGUUUCUGUCUGAUAGAUCUGUUAUCUUACAGCCCAGUGACACAAACAAUCAGAGAGCCUGUUUGGCGGACGUACCGCCACGUGAACCUGCCUGUCUGCUGCUCUUUGACGGUGAAACAGAACAAUGUGCACUUUAAAUGACCAGAGCUGGAGAUUGUCAUGAAUUAACUCGUCACUGUGGUCCUGACAAGUCUCCUGUUGGCACCACCAAUUUGUGUGUAUGAAUUAAAGCCUCAUUCAUA